AUGGCGUCUGCGCCUUCGGCUUCGGUCUUUUCUCUACCCUUACCGCCAUGGCUCCAGCCAUCCGGCUCGCGCGUCUCUCAAUAUGAUCGCCAGAAACGCAGUGCAAAGUGGAGUGAAGAUGAGCUUGAUGGCGCAGAGUCUGAUUUCGCAUCGGGUACGGAACUUGAGUCUACAGGACCACCGCUGGUAUUGACGCCAAAUGAAUCCCAUCAAUACCGAAUUGCUGGUUUCCCCUUCCACGCCGAGUUGCCAGGAGGGAAUUUCCCACAUCAACCGGUUAAGGAUGAACCUGUCACAACGGUGAAAGCCUCAGGUCAUCUCAGAGCCUUGGCGAAUCUAUCACCUCCAAUUUAUCCCCCUCAAUCGGCCCAGGAAGGCAAUAUUCGCUUUCAGCAUUUAGGUGUAUUGACAACAAUCUUACACCGAUGUAUGCUCCAGGGAGACUAUACCCGAGCUGGAAGGGCAUGGGGCCUGAUUCUUCGCGAAGAAUACAGAGGAUUUCGAAUGGAUGUUCGUAACGAAACGAGGUGGGGAUUAGGCGCUGAAAUCUUGCUGCGACGAGAUCAACAUGAAGUGCCGCCUAGUCCUGGUGCUAGGAAGACCGAUGCCACGGUCGCCACACCCUUGAGGUCUACCACUAAUGGCUUUGUGGAGGCCAAAGAAUACUAUGAAAGGCUCAUUCUCAAUCAUCCAUACUUGAAAUCAUCACCACACUCCAUAUCUUCUUUACACUUCUACCCUGCGAUGUUCGGGCUUUGGGUGUACGUCAGCCAGGAAGAAAGCAAAACUGCAAGAAAAGAUUUUUCUAUCCGCCAAGACGAAUCUGAUGCAUCUUCAGAGGACGAAGAUCAAGACUCUGAACUUCAACAUGGUCAGACGCCUAACAACAAGAUCGCUGCUGCUAUUUCAAAGGUCAGGCUACUAGAGUUGGAGCAGGCUCAGCAGAUCGCUGCACGAAUGGAUCAGAUUCUUAGCUCUCCUCCAUUCUCCGACUCUCCUGAAUUGUUGGAGCUCAGAGGAAUGGUAUCACUCUGGAUUGGUGACUUGUUUGUGUCUGCAUUAGCAAUACCAGUCGAGGAAGAGAAUGAAGAUCCCGAUCAGAUGCUUUUGGACGAGGCUCCGGGUUCUCUUGAAGCGAGACGCGCACACAGGGUUGCAACUGAGAGAAAGGCAGCAGAAGUCCAGAAGUCGAUUGAGUUUCUCGAAAAGGCGAAGAGACGGGGAAGAAGUGUUGCUUAUAAUUUGGAAAGCCUUCAUAUCGACGAUGGGGUUUCUGUUUAA